ACUGUUCCAUUUUUGUGGCAGAGGCUGGCUUUUACAGCAGCUGUGAUAUGAAAUUGAUUGGAUAUAAAUGUACAGAUCUGAAUGAAGUCAACAUGAGAAGGCAAGAAAUGUGACUUCAUGCAGGCGACUUUACAGUAAAUAUAUUGGGGUAUAGCAUGGCUGUCACUAUGGCAACGAGCACUGUUCUCAGUGACAAUCUCCCCACGUAUAAGCUGGUAGUGGUGGGGGAUGGGGGAGUGGGGAAGAGUGCUCUCACCAUUCAGUUCUUUCAGAAGAUCUUUGUCCCUGAUUACGACCCCACCAUCGAGGACUCCUACCUCAAACACACUGAGAUUGAUGCUCAGUGGGCCAUAUUGGACGUUCUGGAUACAGCAGGCCAAGAGGAGUUCAGUGCUAUGAGGGAACAGUACAUGAGGACUGGGGACGGGUUCCUCAUCGUGUUCUCUGUCACAGACAAGGCCAGCUUUGAACAUGUGGACCGCUUCCAUCAACUCAUCCUCAGGGUGAAGGACCGGUGGGAUUUACUACUUCCCUGCCCACUGGUGGCCGUGGCCAGGACAACAGGAGGAGGGGAGAGGAUGUGUCUGUUUGUGUUGGAAUCAGUGGGCCUGUCAGACAACAGAGAGAAGAAGGGAAAGUGAGGAAAGAGAUACAGAGAGAGAAAGAGAGAUUCCAAAUGCAUAGCAGCUGGCAAAGGGACUCCAGACAUUGUGUCAAAGCCUGGGAGGCAGCCAAUGUGUAGCCCCAUAGCUUAUACAGGGAGAAUGUCUUUAUAAUCUCCGAACAAGACUGUUAUAUAACUGCAUUGUAAGCUUAUUGAACGCACCAAAUGUCUUAUUUGAAUGUACAUUUAUGAACCUUGACAAUUUUGACUUAUCAGUGCUCACUGGAUGUAGUUCUCAAAACACUUUAAACACACAAUUGUGGUGUGUGUGUGCAUGAGUGCCCUGGAUAUGUUGUGGCCUAGACGAUGAAAUCUAAUUUUCACAUUUGAAUAUUAUUUUGCUUUGCUACUAUUUCACUAUUUAUUUUAUAUAAGUCAUUUAUAGCUGUGUUAUCAUUAGUACAAGGCUACUCCAGAGAGCACAAAGCACAGAGCUUAACUAAGAAAUUGAAGGAACAAAACAUUUGUAAGCAAAGUAAUAAAUGUGUGUUAAUACA